UCACACAACUGACCUCUUCACCAAUGCUGACAUAGCUCUGUGGCACUGAGCGUAGGAUCAGUGUAAUGUGCUCAGGGGACUGUUUCUGAUAAACGAAAAAUAUAGUGUAGUUAUUCUCUCUGCCCUCGGAUAAGCAGGACAUCACCAGCAUGAGUACAAUGUUUGCAGACACAAUUCUGAUCGUGUUCAUCUCUGUUUGUACGGCACUGUUAGCCGAAGGAAUUACUUGGGUUUUAGUGUAUCGCACUGAAAAGUACAAGAGGCUAAAGGCUGAAGUGGAAAAGCAAAGCAAAAAACUUGAGAAGAAAAAGGAAACCAUCACAGAGUCUGCAGGACGUCAACAGAAGAAGAAGAUCGAAAGACAAGAAGAGAAACUGAAAAAUAACAACAGAGACCUUUCUAUGGUGCGCAUGAAGUCCAUGUUUGCCAUUGGCUUCUGCUUUACAGCUUUGAUGGGCAUGUUCAACUCCAUCUUUGAUGGAAGAGUAGUGGCCAAGUUGCCAUUCGUGCCGCUGUCUUACAUCCAGGGACUGUCCCAUCGCAACCUACUGGGCGAGGAUUACACUGACUGCUCCUUUAUCUUCCUUUACAUCCUCUGCACCAUGUCCAUCAGACAGAACAUCCAGAAGAUGCUUGGUCUCGCGCCUUCCAGAGCUGCAACCAAACAGGCUGGAGGCUUCCUGGGGCCUCCUCCUCAGGCAGCUAAGUUUUCCUAAUCAUCAGACAGGUUCAGUGCACUGCGACUGUGAGGAGUCACGCCUCCCUCAUCUGAGCACAGACAGAACUGUUUGUGCUGGAGCAAACGUAUUAUCUGUUGCAGCUACUGUAUCACUACCUUCUGUUUGAUGUGUCAUUCAUUUGUUGUUUAUUUAACAUUCAGAUUGUCUCACUUAGAAAUUAGAGGGAGAAAAGUUGUUCUUAAUUACAUUGAUUACCAAAGGAUGUCUACAUUGUACUCAGCACAUGCUGUGCAUCGAUUUGGGAUUUUAAUUAAUUGGCACAAUAACAUCUGAUCCAUUUAGUAUUAUUGUAUGUAAUUGUUAAUAAAAUUUUAUGAUUACA